UCCCUACGAAGGCACCUCUCCACUUAUCCUUCGACGUAGUUAUGCUCUGUUUACAGUAUUUAAGCGGCGACACUGUGCUUAGAUGUUAGGGAUGUUGUCUCGCUGUUAACAGGUAGGAGAAUAACCUUCCCUCGCCGCGCGCCGAGCAGAACGCAGUGUAUUCCUUUUAACCACGGGGACCCAGACUGUUCUGUUCGCGUUAUCAAUUCACUUUUGUUACAUGCCAAGUCUUACGAAGCCUCCCGUUUUAUCGAUUUAAUGGACGUUUGACUGUUUUGUGAUGCCCAUUUACAUCAUCGACAGAAAAUUUCCAGAAACACCUGGUGAAUUGGGACAGCAGGCAUCACCUGACGGGCAGCUGAUGAUGGCGGAGAACCCGCCCCCCAAGUCCAUGAGAAAGCCGCGCUGGACGUCACUGGAGAUAGGCCUCAUCACCAUUGUGUGCCUGCUCUUCAUCAUUGUCAUUGCCCUCAGCAUCCUGUUUGCCACACAAAGCAAUGAUGAUAUAUGCACCACCGCAGAUUGCACCCGCUCUGCUGCUCGGCUCAUAGAGAACAUGGAUGCCAAAGUGGACCCCUGUGAAAACUUUUACGAGUACGCCUGCGGAGGCUGGCUGAAGAAGAACAUCAUCCCGGAGACCAGCUCCAGAUACAGCACCUUUGACAUCCUGCGGCACGAGCUGGCGGUGGUGCUGAAAGGUGUUCUGGAGAGACCAGAGACUGGCAACAGCAGCGUUGCCCUGGCCAGAGCUAAAGUGCUCUACAAGUCCUGCACCAAUGAGAGUCUUAUUGAGCAGAGAGGCGGCUCACCUUUACUGUCCGUGUUGCCAGAUGUCCUGGACUGGCCAGUAGUAACAGACGAUUGGAACGACAGACAUGGAGUACACUGGAAGGCAGAGGACGCUAUAGCUAAACUCACAGAGAAAUACCUGAAGCCAGUCCUUGUCAACUUCUUUGUCAGCACUGAUGACAGAGACUCAAAUUCCCAUAUCAUUCAUAUUGAUCAACCAACUCUAGGACUCCAGUCCAGGGAUUACUAUGGGUGUUCUGGUCCAUACAAAGAGGUGUGUGACGCCUACGAGACGUUCAUGUUUGAUGUGGCGAAGCUGAUGCGUGCAGAAAAAGGUCUGGAGAUCAAUGACACGGCCCUUAGGGACGAAGUCAGCCAUAUUCUGCAGUUAGAACAAGACAUAGCCAAUGCGACAGACACGUCGGAGGAGAGGAGUAACCCCAUGCUCAUCUACAACAAGAUGACACUCGGGGCUUUGAAGAGCAACUUCACUUUGGAAUUCAAAUCUGUUCCGUUCAACUGGACAUACUUCAUCAACAAGAUCAUGGAAACGGCAAACCUCACUGUGACCGAUAACGAGGACAUCGUUGUGUAUGCACCAAACUACCUCCGAAAACUUGGCGCUGUUCUCGAUAAGUACUCCACCAGACAAAUCCAGAACUACAUGGUGUGGCGUUUCGUGAUGAGCAUGGUCGGGGGACUCAGCAAGUCAUACAGAGACACCCGGAAGCCCCUGCAGAAGGCCAUCUACGGGACGACAACAGAGGCAGCCAUCUGGCAGCAGUGUGCCAAUUAUGUCAACACCCACAUGGACGAUGCGGUGGGCCGGCUGUAUGUGGAGGAGGCCUUCUCCAAAGACAGCAAAAGCAUGAUGGACGAGAUGAUUGCUGAGAUCAGGGAGGUUUUCAUCAGCAACCUUAAUGACCUCACGUGGAUGGAUGCUGAGACCAAGAAGGAAGCUGCUAAGAAGGCUCUGGCCAUCAGUGAAAAGAUUGGUUAUUCAGAAAACAUCAUGGACGACAACUUCUUGACUACAGAAUACCAAGAUUUGAACUACAGCGCAGAUGAAUAUUUUGAGAACACGCUGAAGACCUCAGAGCUGACUCAGAAGAAACGGCUAAAGAAGCUUCGGGCAAAAGUCAACAAAGACGAAUGGAUCACGGGCCCAGCUGUCGUGAAUGCCUUUUAUUCAUCAAGCAGGAACCAAAUAGUGUUUCCUGCGGCCAUCCUGCAGCCUCCCUUCUUCGGCAAAGGUCAAGCGAGGUCCCUAAAUUAUGGAGGAAUCGGAAUGGUGAUUGGCCACGAGAUCACACACGGCUUUGAUGAUAGUGGAAGGAAUUAUGACAAGAACGGGGACAUGAGGGACUGGUGGAGCCCCUCGUCUUCUCAGAAGUUCCAGGAGCUUUCGCAGUGCAUGGUGGACCAGUACGCCGGCUUCUCCUGGGAUCUGGCAAACGGACAAAACCUCAAUGGAAAUCUCACCUUAGGAGAGAAUAUUGCAGAUAAUGGAGGGAUCCGACAAUCCUACCAGGCUUAUCAGAACUAUUUGAAGAAACAUGGCCCUGAAAAACCUCUCCCCGGGAUCGACCUCAAUCACGAGCAGCUUUUCUUCCUCAACUUUGCACAGGUGUGGUGUGGGACUCACAGACCCGAGAGUGCGGUGAACUCCAUCAAAACAGAAGACCACAGUCCAGGGCAGUUCAGAGUUUUGGGGUCGCUUCAGAACUUUCCUGAAUUUGCCAAAGCGUUCCACUGUAAGAAGAAGGAUGCCAUGGUGCCUCCGGUACCGUGUCGAGUGUGGUGAUGAUGACAUCACACAUACAGUACAGUCCAAGUGAAGUAAGAUCUGUCCAUGCAUCCCCUGAGACCAAUGUGGGGACUGAGGAGAGAGGGAAGGAGAGAAGGAAGGAAGGAAGCCUCACGUCCCUGCUGGUUGGCUAGGGAUCUUCUCUGGACCUCUGCUAUAAUAGCAGCACAGAGGCACGUGCCCCUGUUACCGCGCCCCAGCCACCUGGCACCCCCGACCGACCGAGUUCAUUCACAUUAUUUAAGUCUACUUGAUGAAAUUAUAUCUGUUUGUGUGUGUGUGUGUGUUCUUUUUUUGCUGUUGAUAUUUUUUUUUGAAGAUGAUAGUAAUGUGAUUAUUUUUGUAAAAAUGUGUCAAUCAAACGUAUGUGGGCUGUGUGUCGCCAAGCUGUGAUGGGAAUUGUUAGUAGCAUACUGUACAUGUCAUAAAUAACAAGCACAAAGCAGAUCACUUCAGCUGGAUACAAUGAGUCAGAUCCAUAAUUCAUUAUUACACAUGUGUAUCAUGUAUUCGUGCCAAGAAUGACAAAUAGAUACUUGUCUAGAAAUAGCCAGAUAUAUUUCAGCAACCUUUACAGGACUAGGCCUGUGUAAAUACUGAGUGCAUACCGAGGUGGUGUUUCCAAAAUGCUGAUUACCAAGCAUGUCCAAAUAAUACUAGUCAUAGUAUAAAUAAGAAGCCAGAAAGAUCAAAGGUCUUUGUGCCAUGUACGUACCUCCCAACUCGUUCGUUUUAUUAUUAUUUUACCAAAGGCGAUCAUUUUCACCCUUUAAAUAUUCCUCCUUCUUACAACAGACUUACACAAGUCUCUUUUAAAAGUAAUGUAAGAGCUUUUCUGUUCCAUUUCUCCAUGAAGCUCAUUGGAAGAAACUGAUCAGUAUAAGGCUAAAUCUGAGUCUAUUGCUCCUUAUAUAUACUGUAAUAAGGGUUAGGAGUUUCAUUUUGAAAUGCAUGAGGUGAAAGCCAGAAGCCAGAGCUUACUGAGCUCUGAAUUGUUUCUCUUAAAGCCCCCAUAGGAUUACAGGAUGAAACAUACUGUAUCUUAAUGAAGAUCUUUGUUGUUUCCAAAAAGAUGGUGUCAAAGCCAUUAUAAGAAGCAAUAUUGUCCUCUAAAUGGCUCAAAUGUAAUAGGUAAGAGCCUAAGACAGUCUACUAGGCCUAAUGAAAUGACACCAAUACAGAUGACAAUCAUAUGAAAUAUUGUGUUGUUACUAUUUUAUAUUAUAAUUUCUGUGAAGUCUGUUCACUUUGUGUUUCCUACUCUCAUUUGAAUGUCAAGGCAUUUGCAAUCUGCAAUCGUACUGUUAUUUCUGUGUGUGUGUGUGUGUGUGUGUGUGUGCGUGUGCGUGUGUGUGUGUGUGUGCGUGUGCGUGUGUGUGUGUGUGUGCGUGUGCGUGUGUGUGUAUUGGAGAGAGAGAAUGGGGGGAGAGAGUGCCCUCAUCACAACUUGGCUUUAUAUUUCCUGUCAGAGAAUUCUAGGCACAUGCGUUCUUUCUUUCUCAGUGGUAGACAUGAUGAUGGUGGUUCAAUCUUUUCUCUUUGAUAUUUGAAACAGCCUGCUACUGCUAUUGUGUACAGUAUGUAUUGGGGGUGAGUUGAGUUGAGUGUCUUUUUGAUCGUGUCCUGCCAAUUGAUUUGCCUCAUGAACACAGCAGCCCUCUUCCAGAUUCAUCUCAACCUGUAUGUACAUGUAUGAGGACAAGAGAGAUAUACCUCAGAUGCCUAUAUUUGACACACUUUCUAAUGAAACAUCCUCAAGAGAAACAAAUAAAUAAAUCUUGUUUUAAUAC